AUGAGCAAGCGCUAUGAGACCAUAAAACAUUUAGGUGAAGGACAGGUUACAAUUUUCUUUGGAACACUCUCAAAUGUUUAUUUUCAGUUUGCUAAUGUUUACAAGGCCAAAGACUUGAAGACCGGAGAGUUUGUGGCUAUCAAGAAGGUUUUUUUUAUUUCAAAUAAUCCAAAACUAAAGUGUAAAUUCAAAUUUUAGAUCAAACUGGGCUCUAGGACAGAGGCCAAAGAUGGAAUCAAUCGAACAGCUCUGCGCGAAAUUAAGCUUUUAAAGGAAAUACAGCACGAGAAUAUCAUAGGAGUGAGUUUCGAGAAUGUCAAAAAAUCAAAAAACGCAGUUACGCGACGUAAUUGGACAUCGAACCAGCAUCCAGUUGGUUUUCGAUUUUAUGGAGACGGAUUUGGAGGUUUCAUAUAGACCAUAUUGCCAGAAAAUGGGUAUUUUCAGCACGUUGUGAAAGAUCAGUCGACGAUUUUAAUGCCUGCACAUAUCAAAAAUAUGACAAUGCAGACGCUUCUUGGUCUCGAAUUUUUGCAUGCUCAUUGGAUUUUGCACAGGGUUUGUCUUUUUUUCAGUACGAGGUCAGGUAAAUGUAAAUUAUGAGAUGAGAAUGGAUUAUUUAAACUUUUUUUGCCGUUCUUUAUGUCAGUUUUUUAGGAUUUGAAACCAAAUAACUUGUUAAUGAACAGUAUGGGACGUGUGAAACUUGCUGACUUUGGUUUGGCGCGGUUCUUUGGCUCUCCGAAUCGGGUUUACACUCAUCAGGUCUACAAAUGCGGACGAUUAUGUGUAUUAGUGUCGGUUCAGGUUGUCACAAGGUGGUAUCGCUGUCCAGAACUUCUUUACGGCGCGAGAUCUUAUGGCGUCGGAAUCGACAUCUGGUCUAUCGGCUGCAUUUUAGCCGAGCUUCUUCUGAGGGUUCGUUUUUUAUUUCUUUUAAAAGUGUUUCUUGAGAGUUUGAUGGAUAUUCCCAUUUAUAUUUUUAAAAACGGACAUUUUUUUGACUUCAGAAAAAGAUAUUAUCUUUUUUUGAAAGGUAGCACAAGAUAUCAACAGAAAUGCGCUUUUUGAGACUUAUUGAAGAUUUUGUGCGUUUUUUUAAAAUUUUGUUAUGAUAGUUUAAUAUUAUCCCAAGCUCAUAUCUCAAAUCUACGCGACUUUACAAUAAUUUUCAGCGCAGAAUAAAGUAUCAGCAUUUUUUCAAACUUUAAUAACCACCAUCCGCUUUAAGCAACCUAUAUUUCCUGGAGAUAGCGAUAUCGAUCAGCUUGUCAAAAUCUACAACGUUCUGGGGGCGCCGAAAGAAGUAGACUGGCCGGUGAUGACGUCACUGCCGAGUUAUGUUGAAAUUAGGUGAGAAAGAACAAAAAAGAUAAAGAUGGUUCGAAUGUAGGCUGAGUAGUUUCCACUUUUUUCGAGAAGAUUUUUAAAAAAAAACUUUAAAUUCGGCAUCGAAAGACUGCUGCCGGAACGUGCUUAAUGAAGAAACGGAAAAUUUCUCGAUAUAUUGAGUCACUUAUUGCAUAGGAUUUUUUUUGUGUGGAGCUCAGCACUUUUCUCAACAGUUUCAUGCCAAACAAGUUUUGAUGUCUUUCUAACCCACUGUAGGAAAACGAAAACUCUCUGCUUUUCUCAGCAGUUCCAUGGAAGUUUCGCUUUUCUUCAGACCCGACAACGAAAAGCCGCCGGAGUUGCGCCAAAUCUUUACCGCCGCGACCCCAGACCUUCUAGAUUUGCUCAGCGCGAUGCUUACAUUCGAUCCGACCAAACGCUGCACGACGACGCAGGCUCUUCAAAUGGAAUACUUCAGGUCGGGUCCUGCCGCGAAAUGCGAACCCGGCUGUUGCAGGACGAUGCCGUACUCGUGUCCCGACGAAGAAUUGCCGCUCCCCAACGCCAACAAAAACAAACGGCGCAAGUUCGAGGACGGCAUGGUCGCACGUCGUCUCAACUUUGACUAA